AUGAAACAAUCAAAACUAUAAAGCUUAUUGAUAAAAUUUUAGAUGAGGUUGGAACAGUGCAAGUAGCAUUAUCAGAAUUUACAGUUGCUUUUGGGUCAACACAUUAUUGACAUGUUGAUGUUGUCAUUUAUCCUUAUGCAGCUAAUUGUGCACAGUUUAUAGAAACACAUGCACUAUUGUUUGUGUUUGCAUAAAUGUUACCUCCGUUAUUGUUUUGAUUUGCUGAAGCUGAAUUAUUUGUGUUACAAGAAGCACACGAAAAAUUGGAAACUUGGGCAUUUUAAUUUGUAAUUUAAUUGCAAUCAGUAACUAUACAAGAAGUUGUAGCUGCCUUAUAUGUCCAAUUACUAGCAAUUCCUGCAAAUCCACAUCCAGUAUUAGCAUCACGACAAGCCCCAUUUUAAGCGCAUGAUUAUGGGGUAGAGCCCUAUAGGGGUUAAGCUAAGACUUUGA